UGCACCAAAUAUAGCAAAAAAAAUUUUAAAAUGCCCGGGGGGCAUGCCCCCGGACCCCCCUAGCUGUGACUAGAACUAUGGAAACUGGUGACCCAAACCUUCUGGAUCUGCCCCUGACUGCAGGUGUGUAGUAGUACGUGAUAUCUUAAAAAUGUGUUUUUAUUCACUCGUGAGAAUAGUAUGUACAUUGUUUGUAUUGUAUCAGGGGUGAAUAAUGACAAUUUUUCAUUAUUCACCCCUGAUUUCAUGUAUAUCAAGAGUACAUAAUAUAGAUUAUAUACAUAAUGUAUGUAUUGAUGUAUACAUUGCUCUCAGAUUCUCCAAAGCAGCCCUCGUAAUAUGAAUAUUGGCCGGUAGGUGGCGCUGGUAUCAGUUUGUAAUGCUCAGUGUUGACUGUACCACAGUACAAUUCUUUAUAUUGUAAUAUUAUUAUUUUCUUAUAUGCGAGCUAGUUGGCUGCCAUCUAUACGAGGUUAUGUGUACUUGGGCCUCGUGUACUUGCUAUGAUUUGGCGAUGUACUGCUGAGGUUUCGCUACUGCGAAAAUUCAUUUCUAAAUCGUUCUAAAUUAAGAUUCGUGAACUUGAGGAUGUCGGACUCGUUCAGUCUAGGAUAACGUUCAACGUUUAAUAAAUACAUGAAAUUCAAAUAGUUCGGGAGACUUCGGGUCACGCUGCCUUGUAGACUUCCUCUUCCUGGUAAUGGCGUGUGGUAAUUCGGUUGCUUGAAUCUCGCUCUGCCAAAGUCACAGAAUUACUCCAUAAAUAGGAGUUAAGAGUUACAAAUCAGAGGACUAGUAAGAGGGCGUUGACUGAUUGAGGCAUAUAGAGGUGACGCUACUUCUUCAGGAAGUCGCAGUCGGGGUGAUCGUCUCGGGGUAGAUAAAACAAGAUGGCGGACAGCGCGCCAGCGUCAGCCGAGCCGCCGAAGGAGAAGCAGCCGCUUGCUGUAAAUGACGUCCAGCACGACACAACGUCUCCAGAGAAGGUGGCGCUCAAAGCAGGCGAGAGCAUCGUGUCCUACGCUGGUCGCCGUGGCGAUGUUGACGGAGGCUACGCGUGGGCCAUCCUCACUUCUGUCAUCAUACAGUUGUUCUUCAUGUUCUACGUGAUGAACGCAUUCCCGGUGCUGUUCCUUGAACUCCACGACUACUUCGACGCUGGUCGCGGCACAAUCGCGUGGAUCGGAUCCGUGCAGAUGGCCACCGUGUUCAUGAUCGGUCCUUUCAGUAACUUGGCAACACAAAGAUUUGGAGUGAGGUGGUGCAUGAUAGCUUCUGGUAUUGUUGCAACCCUCGGACAAGCCAUCUCCUUUUUUACCACUGACCAUUAUUUCCUAUUCAUAUCAUAUGGAGUUAUGACAGGAAUCGGUCUAGGCGGAUCCCACCUACCGGCACUCUACUCGGUCGGGCUCUACUUCGAGAAGCAUCGCUACGUUGUCACGGCGAUGGCGUUCGCCGGUGGCGCCACCUCUGUGAUGAUCGCCGGGCCGUUGACGAACUUUCUGAACGAGAGCCUCGGCUGGCGCGGCACGUGUCUGAUCAACGCGGGCAUGUGCAUGCAGAUCAUUGUAGCCGGCGCGCUGCAGCGGCCCAUGCGCCUCAACGAUCGCAAGAGCAAGGUGACGCUGCGCGAGAUCUUUGCGAUGCAUCUCUUCAAGGAGCCGAAGAUGUCGCUGUACACGUUGAACACGUUCCUCUGGAGUCAGGGCCUGAUGAUCGUGUUGGUGUUGAGUAUCGACUAUGCGGUGUCGACCGGCGUGCCGCGCACGCAGGCCGCCUGGCUGAUGACAACGAUGGGAAUAUGCACUGUGAUUGUGCGCGUCGUUAUAGCCUUCAUCGGACACGUGCCCCACGCGACCGCGUGGAUUUUCAACAUAGGUUCAAUAGCUCACGGUGCCUGCGGAGUGCUACUGCUAGCAUGUAAUCAUAUCAUAUACUACCACGUCAUCCUAGGAGCUUUCGGCAUUUCUUACGGCAUUAAGAUUGCUGUGCUUGCUAUGCUCACGAUGGAUAUGUUUGGAUUGCACAAUUUCCUAGCAGUCUACUCAAUGCAGAUGUGUGCCAUAGGGUUUGGCAGCAUGAUAGGGAUUCCAUUGGCAGCGUGGGCAUACGAUGUCACUGGGAGCUACGUGGUAGGAUUUGUCAUUUCUGGAAUCCUGGUCAUGGGUGCUGUCGUACUCUUCUUCAUUGUCAUGCAUCUAGAGCAGAAGGAGCAUAAGCAAGGCAGAGACAAGCUGGAAAACAACACAGGCGAAUACAUCACGCCGGUCAUGCAGGAAAUGUUGUCGGAGCAAGUUACGUCCAUCUAAUAGAUGCUUGGUGGAGUUAGUGAUAUCGUCCAACAUUCUACAACGUCUCAAUGUCAAGGCGCAAGGUCAGCAUUGUUACUACCGCGUAGUUCUUUCAAACAAAGGAUUGUUAACACUCAAGCACAGAGUUGCUAGCAAAUGCUGCAGAACGAAUCUUUAGUAAAAGAUUCAAUUAUUGUUUCUCGCCAACUUCGGCCUUUGGAUGAAUCUCUCGAAAGUUUGCUCUGUUAGGACACAAAAUAUGGAUCUGAAAGGCUGAUCUGUAGUCAGUCAACACUACGUGCAACAGUGGUAUAAUAGUCCCUAUUAUCUACUUCUGAUAAUUAUCAACCGCAAUCUCAUAUACCUGCAAAUAAUUAGAGCACCAAAAAUACAGGUUCAUAGAGAAUCUUAGACGAAGUGAAAUGAAAAAUUUAUUAUCUCACUUGAGUAGAAGCAAGUGUAUCUCAACUGUGGUGAAAUGCAGGUGGAUCUCAGAUAGGGAGGAAGCACACAUAUGUAUCUCAAUUGAGAAGAGAGCAGGCGAAUCUCAAAAACAAGAAACGAGUCGUAGGCGCGGUAAAAUCAUGUGAAUCGCAGAGAAUAUUCUAUGACAUAUAACAGGCUAAUUUGAGAUAGAGAGAGAGAGAGAUAGAAAAGGAAGCUCACAAUGAAAAUAAAUCGACGUGUAAUCUCUGAUGAAGGGCAAUCAAUUAUAAAUUUUGGACUAGGGCAAUUCAAACAGAUGUUACUCUCAGUAAAUAUGAAUUUCUCUCGUGUAAAACUUUUAUGUACGUUAUCAAAUGAUGGUACUAGGUGAGGUUAUUAGGUAGGAUUACCAGGUCCCCGGUUACAGAGUGAGGUUACCAAUAUGGGCUACCAACUAGGCAAAGUUACCAGGUAAAGUUACUGGGUGAUGUUACAAGAUAAGGUUACCAACUAGGGAUACCAGGCAAGUUUAUCGGGUGGUGUUACCAGGUUGGGCUAUCAGGUUGGGCGUGUACUACUGGUUAGGGGUCGUUCACAGUUAUCAACAUUUUCACAAGCGUACAAACCGUACGCUGGGGGGGAGGUGGUCAAUGCCAGCCGUACGCUUUCAGCAUUUCCGAAAAAUGUCGAUCCAUUUCCCGCGCCGCGCGCCCCAGCCGGCAUUGCGCGCAUCCUCAUGCCGUGACGCCCCGGCCGGCCCACGCCCCGCACGGGCCGCUGAACGAACGAACCGGGCUAGCUAGCUAGCAGCCGAGUGCAGUGUGAACAACCGGCACAAUGGCGGGCAAUAGUUCUAGCCGCGCUGGUGACCUGGAUCAAUUGUUGAAAUUCCUCCAUCAACGAGGAUGUAUUGUCCACAAGAACCCGAUUAUUAUAUAUAUACCCGAACCUUAUUUAUUAUAAACAGUAUUUAAUAAUUUUGAUCUGUUUCCACUUGUUUGUGCCAGAAAAUUUCAUUCUUUAUAUCAAGAUUUUGUUAUAUCUGUGCUCGUUAUAACAGGGCUUGCAUGUAAUUCUUGUACAUGUAUUUCUAUGAAGAAUAGUGUGAAAAAAAUCAACAUUUUUAGGGGGGGAAGGGGGGGUCUCGAAAAAGUGUACUCUUUGUACACUUGUGGAAAUAUUGAUAAUUGUGAACGACCCCUUACUGGGUAGGUUAUUAGCUGUGAUUACCAUUUGGGGUGACAAUUCAAGACACUCCGAAGAGACGAUUUAAUCAGAAAUGGAUUCAAGGAAUAUAAGAACUAUAUGGAUUGGUUAACUUCUAAUUGUUGUGCACCAGUGAGAUAAAUAGUAAUUAGAAUCAAAAGUUAAUUUUCAUCCAAUUCACUAUGAGCAACCUAACUAAAGGUUUAGUGCUUAUACAUUGAUAUUUAUUCCCUGAUCGAGAAACUAUUUAUCCUUACAAUUUACAUUUAAAUUGCGAUUUCUAGUAACUAUAUUUAUGCUUGUGUUUAUGUUUAUAUCUGCGGAGUUUUUUUGCAUUCCAAGUUGAUUUUGUUUACUAAGACAGUUACUUUCUUCAUAAUAGAAGACUGUGUAACUGUUUAAGUGGCUCAGGUCAGAACUGGUGCUCACAUCUACACCAGACGAUUGUUCACCUCAAAAAAAUAAAAAAUGUAGAUGCCUUUUUAACUUACCAAAA